CUUUGCCUUCACUUGGAGCAUAUCUGCGGCAGCAUCAAGCAAGCAACGAUGAGCAGCAACAGGCUCCUUUUUUUUGCAUUCACUUUCCAUUCACAUAUCAUCCAAACACCAUUCGCAUCGCAUCCAAUAUGGUUAGGACACGAGAAAAUUUAUCUAGACGUGGUUCACAUGAUGCACCCGAGAGUUCUACACAGGGUGCUGCACGGAGGAGACUGACCGGUUCAGCUCGUAGAAGGGGUCAGCACGAGGCUAAUGUUGUUCAGGAUAAUGUUGUUGAGCAUGAGGCCUUCGAUGUUGCUCAGGACGAGGAGCAGGGGAUUGGUAACGAUGGUGCAACAUUUCCAAGUGGUCUCUCUGAUACAUCUUUAUUGACUCGGUACCAGGAUCAUGUUGCACGGAUCAUAUGGGAUGGUCAGGAUCGAGUUGUGAAAGUAGUCUCCCAUAUUAAAAAAGUGAAAAAAUUAGGACCUCCUCACCCUUCUAUUCUCCCCUUUGUGGUAGCUUCUGGAUUAUCGCCUCUGUGCGAUAUUUUAUAUGAAUAUCCCGAUAUUGGGUUAAUAUUGGGUUUCGUGGAGAGAUGGCAUCCCGAGACUAAUACUUUUCAUCUACCAAUUGGUGAGAUGACCAUCACUCUAGAUGACGUCUGGUCGCUCCUUCAUCUUCCCAUCAUUGGACAAUUUUGCUCCAUUGAAAAUCUUGAAUAUGAAAAUUCAGUUGAGAUUUUGAUUACACUUCUUGUUGUUGAUCGGGUCAUGGCUUGCGAUGAGUUGAAUCAAAGUCAGGAUGGACAGGUCAGACUUAGCUGGUUGAGAGAGUUGUAUGAUAGUUGUUGUGAUAACGAACUAUGGGAGUUUGCUGCACGUGCAUAUCUUUUGCACCUUGUAGGGUGCAUGAUAUUUGCAAAUAAAAGCGACACCUAUGUUCGUACAUAUUACCUCGAUUUAUUUAGAGAUCUCCUUACAUGUCGUAAAUAUGUUUGAGGAGUUGCUGCUCUUGUCUACUUAUAUGAGCAGCUAGGAGAUGCCAGCUUUGCAAAUACAAAGCAAUUAGGUGGAUAUCUACCUCUUCUAUAGGUACGCUUUUAUAUUACAUUUUGUUCAAUAUUUUACUUGUUUUUUUUCUUCUAUAUCACAAUAGUUAAAUGAAAUGUUAUUUGAUACAUGCUUGGAUAUACGAGCACUUCCCUGCAUUGGGAAGGAAGCAAUUACGGGAUACAUAUGUGGAGACCGAACCCCGUGCCAGAUGUUAUGUCACUGGACGCGCUACUUGCGCUAUAAUUGAUGUUAGAGUCCAGCCUUGACAUAUGAUGAGGUGAUUUGGAACCCACAUGUAGCACAUAGAGCUGGUCGACCACUUGUAGUAUCUGCCAUGUUUUAUGGCUUCCUGAGGCUUGGUAUCCUCAUACACUGUCAUCUGCCGGAGCGUGUGCUGCGACAAUUUGGCUUCAUGCAGCCUAUUCCACGACCGCCGAGUUCACUUCCCAUGUUGGACUUUGCCACUAUUGAUGAUCGGUGGAGAGACUACAAUCAGUUUAUCGUAAUUCAGGUGGUCCUCGUGCCAACUUCUUUUUCAUGUUUAGAUGGAUAUUUGCAGUGGUUUAAGAGGGUCUCCCAUCCUUACAUUUUACGCGGAGUUGAGACUGAGCGACCCAGCCUUGUGGUUAUGCCCCGACUUCGUCGAAAUUUGCCAGAUGACAUACCAAUUCAGAGGACGUCAGAGUCAUCAUCUUCUGGUGGUUUAUUGGGUGCCAUAAAACGAAUUGUCAACGGUCUUCAGCGGAUGAUAGAUUGCAAAGACGUUAGUGAGGGCACAAUUGCUUGGGAUCGCACACAUGAGUUAUUACAAAUAGCUCGUGAUGCAAUAGAAGAGGAAGAGACUAGAGGAGGACAUAGAGUUUGAGGUCGACGACCAUCUACCUCUGGAUAAUCGAUUUACUUUAUAUUU